AUGAUUCCAAAGGUUUUGACAACCAAGGAGAAAGAGCGGGAGAUGCAGGCGAAGUACGAGAGACAACUCGCUGGUAUUCCGGAACCACCCCCGACGGUGGAGUAUGUACCAAAUGAGGAUUACUAUAACCCACCUCAAUAUACGAAGUGGGAGUACCUCAAAAUGGUCAUGACUCCCCGUCCAAAAAUUCCGGCUACCCUCACCACCACCUACCAAUUCCACGACCCAUACGCGGAGAAUACCAAUCUUUUCGACUAUCGGGAUAUGUAUACCGAUAGGUCGGAGGAAACCCUCCGUCGUUGGUUUCCUCGCUACUACCAGUCAGACGACGAAGAGAGGCUUGCUGAGAGGUACGUGGAGGAUGCCUCAGCAUCAGUAGGCGUCGUGGAUCAAUAUUCAAUCUAUGACAACCCUGGCGCUGGGCGGGCUCCUCCCCGUACCCCAUCCCCAUCAGCAAGCCUCGACUAA